AUGAUUAUAGACGCGUCUGUGCAUACAAUGUAUCUGACUGUUAUCGUCCAACGGAGAGGCCCCGAGGCCAGCUCGGCCCCCGAGGGCGCAGCGCCUCCCGGAGAGGCCCAGGUCGCAGCCGGACCCGAGCCCUCCGCCGCGCCCCCCGCGUCGGGGAGCCUCCAUUUGUCGCGCCGAGGGAAACAUCCGUCGACAUUUUCUCGAGCGGUGAAACGCCUUCAUCUUUACUGGGUGUGGCUCCCCGCCCAGCGAGGGGGCGCGGGGGCGUGUGCCGGAGCAAUGGAGGCGCCACACCUUAGCGAGGCGCUGGCGACACUCGUCGCAGAGCCCUUCGCCUGCCCCGACCCGCGUCCCGACGGCUCCCUUCGGGGCGGCGAGCGGAACUUCGUUGGGGCAGCGCCAGCCGGCGGGGGCGGCCGAGGGGCGAGUGACAGGAGCGAGCGGCGAGGUGUGGCCUCCUGGGCGGCACCUGGCCACACCCGCACCUGGCCGCCCCGCCCUCGAGCGGCCGCCACACCUCGGCGGCGGCGCUGGGCGGGCGACGCUCCGCCGCCUCCCUCCUGGCCGCCCUCGCCGCCCUCGCCGCCCGCGGCCUUGACACGGCGGGACGUUCGGCAGCCUCGGCAGCCACUCAGUCAGUGUAAGCAGGGGCCCUCCGUGAGCGGCACCAGCACCCGCCAGCCCGCACCUCCACUCACGCCGCUCCUGCUCUCCCUCGACGGAACUUCCUCGCCCGCACGCCCUCCCGCCCGCACUCGCAGCCGCCCGCACGCCGCCCUCGGAGCUGUCCUUCUAGCCGCCCGCCGCCCGCAGCAGCAGCAGCAGCACCCACCUGGGGCGCCUCACCUCCGCCUCCUCCUCGGCCACGGCGCGCCCCCAGCCUCCUCCUCCUCCUCCUCUUCGCGGACGCUUGCUAGGGACUCCGGCUUAGCGUCGGGGCGCCUCCGCCUCCGCUCCUGCGCUCGCACCCGAGGGAAAGGCUGA